AACAUCUCUGUCGCCGUCCUGUUACAUAUCAUAACCUGGAGACGGAUUAACAUGACUAUCGGUGUUUCUUGAAUGGGCAAGAAUCGAUACUACAAUCUUGGUUGUUGCGGGGUGUAGCCUUUUGCUUUAAAAGAGAGAGGGUACAUAUUCUCGUACUCUCCACUGUUGCUGGCCCGAUUUCUAUAGACCUGUCUUAUCCUACGAAAUUCACUUUCGAUAUGCGGUCGGCCAUUCUCAUGUCUUUGUCGUCCCUCGCGGCGGGCGCAGUGCUCGACAGGCGUGACCCAGUACCGCCAGGCUAUGUCGCUCCUCCCUACUACCCGACGCCUCAUGGAGGAUGGGUAUCCGAGUGGAGUGAAAGCUAUCGCAAGGCUUCGCUGCUUGUAGCCAACAUGACGCUGGCCGAGAAGACAAACAUCACUUCAGGCACCGGGAUUUUCAUGGGCCGAUGUGUUGGCAACACCGGUAGUGCACUUAGAGUCGGAAUCCCGCAACUCUGCUUGCAAGAUGGACCGCUUGGUGUUCGAAACACUGACCACAACACCGCCUUCCCUCCAGGGAUAACGGCAGGCGCGACGUGGGACAAAGACCUGAUGCGUCGCCGUGGCGUAGCAAUCGGCGAGGAGUUCCGGGGCAAAGGCGUCAACAUUCACCUGGGUCCAAGUGUUGGCGCUUUGGGGAGAAAGCCUCGAGGUGGCAGAAACUGGGAAGGCUUUGGCUCAGACCCUGUACUUCAAGCGUUCGGUGGUGCCUUGACAAUCGAAGGAGUACAGAGUGUCGGAGUCAUUGCGACUAUCAAACAUCUGAUCGCCAACGAACAAGAGAUGUACCGCAUGUACAGCUUAGUCAAGCCCGGUAUCUCCUCCAAUCUAGAUGAUCGGACGAUGCACGAGCUGUACUUGUGGCCCUUCGCCGAGGGAGUCCGUUCUGGAGUCGGCUCUGUCAUGAUCUCUUACAAUGCUAUCAACGGAUCGGCUGCCGCACAGAAUAGCUACUUGAUGAACGGACUACUGAAAGACGAACUCGGUUUCCAAGGAUUUGUAAUGUCGGACUGGCUAGCUCAAAUCUCCGGUGUACCGUCAGCACUUGCUGGACUUGACAUGUCGAUGCCUGGUGACAGGAAUGAGAUCCCGCUACUUGGAAACUCAUAUUGGAUGUACGAUUAUAGCCGUGCAGUACUGAACGGAUCGGUGCCGGUGGAUCGGCUGAACGAUGCCGUCACCCGCAUACUGGCUGCGUACUUCCAGAUGGGACAGGAUCAGAACUACCCUCGCCCUAACUUCGAUACCAAUACUCAAAAUGCCGAGGGUCCUCUCUACCCUGGAGCUUUAAUCUCUCCGAGUGGCGUAGUUAACGAGUUUGUCGACGUCCAGGGCAAUCAUGCAGAAGUUGCGAGAGAGGUUGCUAGAGACGCCAUCACAUUGCUGAAGAAUCAGAACAACACCCUACCACUGCUUCGUAACGCGAGCCUCAAAGUUUUUGGCACAGCUGCCGAAAAGAAUCCGGAUGGCAUUAACUCGUGCGCUGACCAAGGCUGCAACAAGGGCACACUCGGUAUGGGCUGGGGCAGCGGUUCUGCGCGAUACCCAUAUAUGGACUCGCCCAUUGAUGGCUUCAAAUCAAGGGGAUCAAACUAUCAGUACUUCAAUACCGACUCGUUCCCGUCGAACUCGAGCCCAAGUCCAAACGAUACCGCUGUUGUCUUCGUGACAGCAGACUCAGGAGAAAACUACAUUACCGUCGAAGGUAACCCUGGAGACCGCACAUCCUCGAACUUAAAUCUUUGGCACAACGGUGACAAACUUAUCCAGGAUGUAGCCGCGAAGUAUACCAGCGUUGUAGUGGUCGUGCACACCGUCGGUCCAGUCAUCAUGGAGGCAUGGCAUGAUCUCCCUUCAGUCAAGGCUGUACUGUUCGCUCAUCUCCCGGGACAAGAGGCCGGUACAUCACUAAUGGAAGUUCUUUAUGGUGACACCUCACCAUCAGGGCAUCUCCCAUAUACAGUGCCGACAUCCGAGAGCAACUAUCCUGCCUCUGUCAACUUGGUCGGUUACCAGAUCGGCCAACCGCAAGAUACUCACACAGAAGGUCUUUACAUAGACUACCGACAUUUCAACAAGGAGAGCAUCACUCCUAGGUAUGCGUUCGGAUUCGGACUGAGCUACACUUCUUUCUCUUUCUCCGAUGCUUCCAUCAGCGCGGUGACGCCCUUGACUGCUGUGCCACCAAGUCGCCCGGCAAAGGGUACAACUCCAGCGUACUCAACCGCCAUUCCGCCCGCUUCAGAGGCCUACUGGCCAGAGAACUUCAAUCGCAUUUGGCGAUAUCUCUACUCGUGGCUUGAGAAGAAUGAUGCAGACGAUGCUGCGGAGGCGGCCAACUCGCCCACAAAGUACCCAUACCCUGCGGGCUACUCGAAUGUGCAAACAGCGGGUCCUGCUGCAGGUGGUGCGCAGGGAGGUAACCCUGCGCUUUUCGACACGGCGUACGACAUCUCAGUGACUGUCACCAACACUGGUGCAAGAGCUGGCAAAGCCGUUGCACAACUGUAUGUUCAGUUUCCGCAAGGUAUUGCAGUAGAAACUCCAACCAUUCAACUCCGCGACUUUGAGAAGACAAGCACGCUGCAACCUGGCGCGAGCCAAACCCUCAGUCUGCGAGUAACACGAAAGGACCUGAGCGUGUGGGAUACAGCAUCCCAGAAUUGGGUGGUACCUUCGGUCAAUGGUGACUACGGUAUCUGGGUGGGCAGCAGCUCAGAUAGCCUGAGCCUACGGUGUGGUACGGCAAGUAUGACCUGUGCUGGAGGGCAAGCAAGUCCCGUUUGACAUUCCAACUGGUCAUCUGCCUCUCAAGGCGACAGAGCAAGGUAACACCGUAUAUGCCAUCGUUCUUACUGUUCUUUGCUCGACAACAUACUAUUUCGUCCUCGAUUAUGCUACGUCAUCUACAUUGCUUCCGCUUCAACCCUUUCUCGAGUUUGCUUUUGGUCAGAACGACGUAUACAAGACGAAGCUUUGACGCGAAAAUACGUCUCCCUGCGUAAAGAUAGAAUUGAUAGGGCGGUUGACAGUAGGUAAUGUGGAAAGCACAAUAGGAUCGUUGCUUGUGUAACAUCAGUGGUACGAUGCAACUGGAGCUGCGGACGUUGGAUCAUGAGAAGAAGACGCGACGAGUGGCC